AUGGCUGAAGCAGCAUUCGCCACAACCUUCCUCUCAACACUGGACUCUCGCCCAAUUAAGCUCUCAGCUGACCACGUCGAAGAUGCCAAAUCUUUCCCGGCGCGGCCCCCUUACAUCCUCCCCCGAAUGCCCACUUCUAUGAGCAAGCCAAAGACGCUUCUCCCAGGCCAAGAGCGCAGUCUUACCGUAACACUUAAGUCGCUGCGAAAUCCUCCUCUAGACAUUAAGCUCACCUCGCAACCUCUCAAUACUUCUAUUCUCGACAUCAAAACGACGGUAUCAGAACAGACUGGAAUACCCAUCGACAAGAUGAAGAUUCUGCAUAACAAGCGGCCGCUUACAGAUAGCAAGAUUCUCAAGGAUGUGGCGAGCGAAUCUGAUCUGCGUUUAGAAUUUUCAGUAAUGGUCAUUGGCGGUGCGGCAGCAAUUCAGCCAGAGCGCAAGGAGGAAGCGGUAGCAUGGGCAAGUGGUCUGGAUGCACUGACCACAGACGCCUUCUGGGCGGAUUUGAAUGGGUUUUUGGAACAGCGCCUGAUAGACAAAGUAGUGGCUGGCGAACUAGGACAGUUGUUCAAGACGAGCUGGGAUUCUAGUCGUUCAGGGCCUUAA